AUGUCAAACAAUACAAGCAGUGGCCCUGGUGCCAUUCCCAGACAGGUCGCAAGACAACUUAGACAACAGAGCCAAACCCGAGGGCGUGCAGCAGGAAGACCCGGCCCAUCAAACUCUCAGAACAGCAGCUACCGAGCUGCUCCAUAUCGGAACCCUAUUCAACCUGGCGUGGAUAGCAGUCGCUACGCUAUUGCCCCAGAUCAUGCCGGAGAUCCCGUCGAGCCCGAUCUUAUGGAACUUGACCCAAUGGAAAUUGACACCCCUGCGCAAGACCCCCUACCAACUCCCGCUGGGACUCGUAUGACUGAUGAAUCUACGGGGAAUGAAUUCUACCGACACCUCUUUUACAUUCCCGUUCUAACUCGCCCCAUGCCAACUCUUGACCUUGACGUGCUGACCGCCGCUCGGGCUGAAAUGACUCGUCUCCAGAGAGCUGGAAUGCCAAUCAUGCAAGAAUUGCCUGAGCGACCUGCCCCUCAUCUCUACAUUCGGAUUGAUACUGACCAGGCCAACCGUGAUCACGCCCUUACGGAUGCCAAUCUUCGGAUGGGUAUCAUGCAGGACAUGAUUCGAGAUGGCUUCGGCUGGUUCACGGGCUUGCCUUACCGCCAUCCGCAUUUCGAAGUCAAGUUCCUUCGUGGUCGACGCCUCUAG